GGCCCUGUUGGAGCAUCUGGCCCCAAAGGUAACCAGGGACUUGCAGGAUCUGAUGGGCUGCCAGGAGAUAAAGGAGAUAUGGGUCAGCCAGGACCGCAGGGGCAGAAGGGAGAGCCAGGAGCUCGUGGUGAGGUGGGACGGAAAGGGAAUCCUGGUCCAGCUGGGGUUCCUGGGACAGAUGGUGUUCCUGGUCCUCCUGGGCUAAUUGGUAUAGCCGGAGAGCGUGGUAUCCCCGGGACUACCGGAAAAGCAGGUCCUCCUGGAAAACAUGCAAGUGAGCAACGAAUCCGGGAACUCUGUCACAGCCUGAUCAAUGAUCAGAUUUCAUUGUUAGCUAAUAAUUUGAGAAGGCCAAUGGCCCCUGGAAUGAUAGGAAGGCGUGGCCCCCCUGGUCCUCCAGGUCCACCAGGGCCAAAGGGCAAUGUUGGCCAUCCAGGCAGACGAGGUCCAACAGGAUUGACUGGACCAUCUGGAGAACUUGGUGACACAGGACCACGAGGUGACCGUGGUGUAAAGGGAGACAAGGGGGUUAUCGGCAAACCCAUUGAUGGCUUAGUAGGACCUCAAGGGCCUCCAG